AUGCAUUAUUUUACGUUUUUCUUUCUUUCCUGUCAUCUCUUUGUCUUUCAGUUUUGCUUUUAUUACUUAAAUUUUAUUUUGUACCAUUUCAGAAUUUAUUCUUAUGUCAUUUUUGGUCCAUUCCAACUCAAACUUUCAUUCACUAUUUUUUUCCAUUCUAUUCUCUUUUUUUUAAAACUCUCUCUUUUUCUGCUUUUAUCCAUUCUGUUUUCAUUUUCUUUCUUCUAUUGUUUUCUUUUUGUAUUCUAUCUUCUUUACUUUCUUUUUUUCAUUCAUUUUAUUUAUUUCUUUUUGCCAUUCAUUUUUUGCAUUUCCCAUUCUGUUUUCUUUAUUUUACCAUUCUUUUUUUCUUACUUUCUUUUUUCUUUUGUUUUUUCCUUUCUUUUUUUGUCUUUCUAUUAUCUUUCUUUUUGCCAUUUUCUUUUCUCUUUCAUUUUCUUACUUUUUCAAUUCUUUUAUCUUUGUAUCUUGCUUUCUUUCUUUUUACAUUUCUCUUUCAUUUUCUUAGUUUUUCUUUUCUAUUCUCUUUCUUUCUUCUGCCAUUUUGUUCUCUUUCAUUUUUCUUCUUUUUCUUCUUUUUUGCUUACUUCUUUUUAA